AUGCACGUACUUGGCAGAGAUCCUACGUCCAACUGCCUCCCCAAUGCUAGUGGAGAUGAGGCCAAACAAAUGAAUGGGCGUGCACGUAACCCUUAUGCUGCAAGAAAUGGUUUCAAUGUCAACAGCGGGGAAGAAACGCAAUGUAGCCCGAUUGGUUCACCUAUAAACCCACAUUGUCGCGAGGGUUCUGGAGAAUACGCGGUGCAACCCGUUAACGUACAGGCGCGUUACCGUCUGCAAAGCCCACCAAUAUCUUUUGCAUCGGGAAAUCCAUCAUUUCCCACCUCACCGCGUGAUAGUGCUCUACAUUCCACGCCACACGUGCGUAGUUGCAGUAACUCUUUUCCUUGCGAUGGAUUUUGUAGGCCAAACCCUUCUGGCCAGACGUUUAGCCCGGCGAUGGGGAGGUCCCCUGAUUUUAGUAACGAUCCCAACAUGUGCAUGCCACCGUACCCCGGCGGUUACACGCCUUCAGGUUUUGUUAUGCCUCCUGCACUUGCAACGGCUGCACCACCACCUCGUACUGAUGUGAUGGGGCGCGCACCGGUACCCGACGGUCAAGCGUCCAUGCGACCCAAGCGGCCGGUGAGUUCACCCAUCGCUUGCGGUCAUGGCUCCCGUUACGUCUCACCGGUUGUGUUGUCCGUUUCACCAAAUUAUCAAGUUGGAUCCCACCCGCUGUGUAACCCAACAGGUCCCCAAUCCGUUGGGUGUAAUAAUGUGCAUGUUGCAGUUGGCAGCGUGGAGCCCGCUCAAAGCGCACACUCCAAAAUGACUACGGGUGAUGGGAGUUCAACCGUGUCUGGUGGUAGUGGUAGCUCUAUUCGUGAGGACUUACCCUUGUGUUCCAAUGAUGGCGUAUGCACGUUAAUUAACGACCGCAAACAUCAGCGACGGUUUGCACAUACCUGUCGUCUGUUCCCUUGUUAUCAUGGACACAUAGCGCGGCAUUCAAAACUGUUCCGGCAUGCACCUGGACAAGUUGCACAGUCGGAGGAACUGCUCAACAACGGCGAUGGGUCAAAGAAACUUCCUGCAGAGGCGCUGACAAGCGUAAGUUUCAGUUCUAUCAGUCGCGAGGCCGCCAACGCCUAUCGUAUCAUUGUUAGUCACAGAAAUAAAAGUUAUGAAAUAUUCGGUGACUGGAUGAAUGUCCGUGUGCAUACCUUUAAGCGUUACUUAAAUCAGGUGUAUAACGUGCCGCCACCAUCGCAAGUGCUAGUGCGGGAGGAAGGCAAUGUCCCACUCGAUGACGAUCUUGAAUCUGUAGGACAUUAUGGCAUUAAACAGGAUGGUGUGGUGAUUCUAAGGUGGAAGGAUGAAGAUGAGCCUCUUGCUGUUUCUCUUGAACAGCUGUAA